UUUCACCUCAUGAUGGGGAACCAUAACACUAAUGUUGCACAGUAAUAUUGCUGAGUUCAUUAGAAAAUUGUAGAACAUCAGAUAUCUGUUAAUGUCAGUGGUGAUUGGCGCCCACCUGGGCCACAUAAACACUUAAUUAGGAUACAGUAGCUGCUAUGGAAACACAACAUCAACAGUAUAACACUUCUGUGCAGGGGAAUUCGCGCGCUCUUUCUGUCUCUGUUCAUUUUUAUGUAAGACGAUAUUCAUGUGGGUGCACCAUGCGGAAACCUACUCACUCGACCAGAGCUCCCACUCACUCACUCACUAAGCAGACCUCGCGUUCACUCACACACACGUUGGUGAGCCGGGAGCGCUUUCUGUCUUUCAUUCAUCCCGGUGAAGGCUGCUCGCACUUUCUUCCUCUCCUUCAUCUCUCCCCCCCGCCCCUCCUCUUCCUCGCUCGCGCUGGGAUAGCUCACUUUGUUUUUGUGCCUUUUGGUCGGAGUAGUAGUGGAUGAUAUCAACAGAGGAGCGUUCCUUCAUCCCUGCGCGCGGUACUACGGGCUACAGAGGAGUCGCUAGAGGACACGAGCAUCACGACAGAGAGCAGCGCGAGAGAGUUCUGUUUUUAUUCUUUAUUUAUUUAUUUCCUGUGGAGAGGACGGCGUGAUUUCCAGCAAGAAACACACUGAAUAUCUUUAUUCAACUGCAGCGUUGCAACGGAAGCGCCACCUGCCAAGACUGUUGUUCCAUUUGUGGGAUUUUAAAGGACGCUGAAGGAUUACAGGCGGUCGGCGGAUGGUUGACGGUCUCGUGAAGAGGAGUCACUGCCUCUGCGCAAGUCUCAGAUGAAGAUGAAGUCUGCGGGCGUCGUGGAUGGAGGCUUGUUCACAGAGAGCUAUUGUAACAUCUGCAAUGCCCAGCUCAUCUCCGAGUCCCAGCGCACCGCUCACUAUGAGAGUAAGAAACAUGCCAACAAGGUACGUCUGUUCUACAUGCUCCACCCAGAAGAUGGAGGACCUCCUUCCAAGAGACUGAGGCCAGAUAAUCCAGUAUGCUCACUGAAUGAUUGUGCAGAGACAGAGGUGGACAGGAACAAGUGCUGUACCUUGUGUAACAUGUUCUUCACCUCGGCCAUCGUGGCCCAGUCACACUACCAGGGCAAAACCCACGCCAAGAGAGUCCGCCUGGUGCUCGGGGAGCCGCCUACCAUACCCUCAGCCAUGACCAGCCCUGCCAAUACAGAUUCCUCUCCUUCCACCCCGGUGCCCACAGACCCCGCUGCAUGCCCCCCUCCUCCCCCCGCCCUGCCCUGGCCCAUGGGGGUUGUCGGAGGAAACGGCGGCAGAGAAGCUGGGAAGUACUGCUGCCUGUGUGGAGCCUGGUUCAACAAUCCGCUGAUGGCCCAGCAACACUACGAGGGCAAGAAGCACCGCAGGAACGCGGCCAGAGCACGCCUCCUGGAGCAGCUAGCGGGCAGCCUGGAUGCCACGGAGAGCACAGGUUUGCGCAGUAGUUACUCAUGCAGUGUCUGCAGUGUGGUCCUCAACUCCAUCGAGCAGUACCAUGCACACCUCCAGGGCUCCAAGCACCAGAACAACCUGAAGCAACACCAGCAGUAAGCCACAGAGACAGGCCGCUCUGGAAAGAAAAAGAAGAAGAAGAAAAGAAGAAGAAGACAGAGAUUAUUGGAAUAAACAAUUUCAGAAAAAGAGGACUCGUGUCACAGACUGAAGCUUGUGAGAAAGUCGUGCAAUGAAAUUUCAGCGUGCGCAAGUCAAAAUGUGUCAAAGUGUGCAUGCGUGUGUGUACGGGUGUCGUGGGCAUCCGUGCAUGCAUCUGCAGUAUGCAUGUGAGGGUCAUAUUGAGUGUGUUUACUGCUAUCUUUGAUCUAAAAAUAUAUCUCUGAGAUUUAUUCAGCACCUAAGUGUUUGAUAUAAGUUCUCAACACUGACAGUUGCAGAAGACUUGCGGCUGCAUAUUGCCAUAAAACUCCCGUGUGAACCACAAUCCUAAAAAUCGAACUGAUGUCAGUGUGUUGCCCAGAGUGGUAAUAAACCAUUACAAUGAUAGUCAUAGAGCAGCAGUAGUAAUAACUCUGUAACAAGCUGUCCCACAAGUGCUCUGACAGUGAUCCAGGUCUGAACACAGUCUUCUGUUUACAUGCACUAAAUACACAGUGAGGCUGACGGUGGCACAUGCAUGGCUCACUUUCAGACCACUUGGGACCAACUCAGGCCCAGACUUUCAAAUCCAAGGAAGGAAAAACUCCCAACAACCUCAGCCAUUACAGAUUGCAUGAACUUCCAUGACUUUAAAAAGAAUAUGUUUUCAUUUGAAUCUUGUGUUGUCUAUAAAUGUAGUGGAUUGGUGUCACUUUUUUCAAUUGGUGUCCUUUGAAACUCAUCUUUUCAUAUAUUCUAUAUAAUCAAAAUGUGGAGAUGUGUCAUACCUACAGGACAGAAGGCAGUGGAGAACAAGCAGCACAAAGACUUUUAAAAUCCUGCACUGAAUCGAGGGUUUGUGCAACUUUUGUGAAUCAUCUACUAUUGAAAACAUUCCCACAGCACUGAAUACUGAUGUCAGAUGCAGUCCAGAGGUGACAAAAAUUUCUCCUCUUUGUGGAGACGGGCAACUUGUAGAUAAUAUAUUUUUUUUCUGUUGCUAUGGCCAGAGAAAAAACACUUCCCAAAUCAUGUAGCAGCCGAUGUACAAUACAAAUGGGAUGUAAUCCAAUGCAUGAAAGAUGUAAGACGUUGCAUUCACUUGCCUUUCUGAAACCUAUUGCUUGUGCGUUUUGGCAAUAGUGCUGCUUUCUAGUGAUAGCUUCGUAAUGCAUUACUGCACAUGCCUGCACCUGAACAAAGAGGUCACCUUUUAGUACUGAGCUGGCUUCUUCUCAACAUCUUAUUUAUUCAUCAAAAAAGGAUCUUUAUGUUAUCUGGAAAAUAUAACCCUAAUUUCAAAGUUGGGACACUUUAAAAUGUUAAUGAAAACAGAUUUUGAUGGUUUGCAAAUCAUAUGAAUAUAUUAUAUUUGAUAAAAUGGUGCAAAGACAACAUAUCAAAUGUUACAACUGAAAAAUGUUAUUGUUUUUGAAAGAUAUAUGCUCAUUUAAAUUUGAUGCCAGCAGCACAUUUCAAAGAAGUAGGGACAGGGGCAUGAUUACUACUGUGUUACACCACCUCUUCUUUUAACAACACUACAAAUGUGUGAGAAUCAGGGAGACUAGUUUCUGGAGUUUUGAAAGUGAAAAGUUUCGCUCUUGCCUGAUAUAGAAUUUCAUCAGUUCUGGGUCUCUUUUAUUGUACUUUUCGUUUCAUGAUGUACCAAAUGUUUUCAGGUGACAAGUUGGGACUUUAGGCCGGCCAGUUUAGCACCCCCUACUCUCUUACUAUGGAGCCAUGCUGUUGUAAUGUAUGUAGAAUGUGGUUUGGCAUUGUCUUGCUCAAAUAUACAAGGUCUUCCCUGAAAAAGGCAAUGCCUGGAUCGCAAUACAUGUUUCUCCAAAAGCUGUAUAUAAAGUUCAGCAUUAAGGGUGUCUCUCCAGAAGUGUAAGCUACUCAUACCAUGGGCACUUAUGCAUCCCCAUACCAUCAGGGGUGCUGGUUUUUGAUACAUAUAUGGCUUCCUCUUUGUAUAGUUUUAGUCUCUGUUUUCAUGCAGCAACAGACUGGGUUCACAGACAAUGUUGUUUGGAAGUAAUUUUGAGCCCAUGCAGUGAUUUCCACUACAGAGUCAUGGCUUUUUUUUUUAACACAGUGCCACCUGAAAGUCAGAAUAUCAUGGAAUCCAGUAUUGGUUUUUUAAUCUUGUCCAUUUUGUUCAGAUUCACUGAACCUUUAAUGAUAUCAUGGACACUGAAGUUUGCGAAAUCCCCAAAUUCUUUGCGAUUUUACACUCAGGAACAUUAUUCUGAAAUUGCUAACCUAUCUCCUCACCCAGUCUCUCACUUAGUGGUAAAUAUCUUCCAAGCUUUACUUCUGAGAGACUCAGCCUCUCUGAAGUACCUUUUUAUGGCUAGUGAUGUUACUAUCCUGAUGCAAAUUAACCUAAUUAGUUAAGACAUGUUCCUCCAGGUGUUUUUUUUUUUUUUAGCAUUACACAACUCAUCAGUAUUUUGUUUUCCCUAUCCCAACAUUUUUAAAUACAUAGCUGAAAUCAAAAUUUAAAGGGUCCUAUAUUUUCCAUUAAAUAAAAACGUUUAGUUUGUUGUUGUCUUUGCACCAUGUUUAGUUAAAUACAGGCUUUUAAAUGAAUGGCAAACCAUCAACCUCUGUGUUUAUCAACAUAUUAUACAGAGUCCUGAGUUCUUCAGAAUUGGGGUUUUAGAGCAGUCACAGUUUUUAAAAACUCCUGGUAUUGUCUUCAGAUUGUCUGUAAAGUGAGAUUCAAGAAGGUUUUGUAGCAUCAUGACAUGAGUAAAAAGACGACACGCUCCACUCUCCUCAACACUACUGAGCAGAUUUCUUUCUAUUGACCGGUCUUAAACACAGCGCACACACAGUUCAGCUAUUUCUGUUUGUUUCUUUUGGGUUCAAACUGUUACUUUCUGUGUAAACACCUCAAAGCGUGCUCAUUUUGUUCUCUGUUGAUUUCAUGGUGAAGAGAGUGAACUCAGAAUGACUUGAUUACUUUUAUUUUUUAAAAUACAGACAUAUGGAUGAGUUAGGAUUUAUGCAAUCACACUGUAAUAUUUACAACCAUACAUUGUGGGUUUGAAGUGAAAUAGUUUUACGAAGCAAAAAAAGGUGUUCUAUGUGUAAAUAAGCAGUAGCUGCAGGUGACAUUUGUGUUUUAAAAAGUACAAGAGUUUUGUAUUCAUAGUGUUUAUCUGCACUGAACUACAGGGUGAUAAGGGAAAUGUGUUUCUUAUUGAUAUUAUUGAGAUACUAAUAAGCUGACAUUGACUUAAAAUGUUACUAUGUUGGUGUUUUGUACGGAGAACCGUCAGUGAAAAUGACCUUGGAGACAGUGGUGGACCAAAAUCCAACAAAAAGAAAAUGAUCAGACUCCCACUGAGAGGGAUUUUGAUAAGAGCUGUUUUGAUGAGGACGACCACAAUCAACACAAAGACUGCCCCCUCAGAGAAACAUCGGAUUUCUAACUGGAUUGUCAGAGGAUUCAAAAAAACGCAAAAAAAGGACAAGCAGGACUGCAGACAGUUGGAUUACAACGUAAUGCCCAAAAUGACCAACCCCUCUGUUGUCAGUGAUGCCGAAAGAAAAACACGAAAACAAGAAAUCAUUUGGCAUCUUUGCUCUGCAUCAUGACUGUUUGGAAGACUAUUCACUCUCCAGCACUGGUGUUUUCACAAUAGAAGCGGUGUCUGUGUGUGCCGAUAUCACAGUCCUGUGCAGAGGAUGACUGUGCCGUGAGUCACAAAAUUUUAGCAGAUGUUACAUAAUAUAUGACAGAGAUGUUAUCUAUGGGUAGGAUUUGUGUGAUAUGAUGCUUGCGGGUGGGUGUCUGUGUAUGUGAAGCUGUCAACUGCGCUGGCAGUGGGAGACUUGCUGUGAGCUGUGUACUGUGAGCACAUUUGUAAACACACCUGAUGAUGAAUACAAGGAACAAGACAACUAUA